UGUCAUCUGGCAAACAACAAGGUUGUUCCUGAAGAAGCGGCAUUGCCAGGGUCCUUCCGGAAUGGCUCCCCUCCAGCACCUUCCUUCACUGGCACCAGUGACCGUGGGAAAAAGUCAUUGGGUUGGCCAGGCACUCCCCUCUCUCAGGAGAAAAAGUCCACAGGGGUGUCAGUCAUCUAUUGGGAAAGGCUCCUUCUAGGCCCUGGCAGCGGGGAGGCCAGUGUCAGUCUGCGGUUAACCUCUCCCCUGAGGACUCCUGAGGACAGCCCACCUAAGGAGAAAGCCCUGGUGACCCGCCCCAUGCCAGGCAAGCAACAGGGGCCAUGUGAGGACCAGAAGCCAUUUGUUCAGGAUGCCACUGGAAGAGCCUUCCCCAAUAUUCCAGAAUUUGAGGCUGGACUCACCUCUGGGGAAAGAGAAAAGGGUGUAACUAGCCACAAGCCUCAUGGACUCCCUGGUAGCCAAGAGCCCCGUACCUGGGAUCAUCUGGGCAACGCCCUCCACACAAACUCUGGCUUCCUUCCCGGGGAGAAGCCCUUCGAAUGCAGGGCGUGCAACAAAGUGUUUGUGAAGAGCUCAGACCUGCUCAAGCACCUGCGCACCCACACGGGGGAGCGGCCGUACGAAUGCUCGCAGUGCGGCAAGGCCUUCAGCCAGACCUCACACCUGACGCAGCACCAGCGCAUCCACAGCGGUGAGACACCCUACGCGUGCCUGGCCUGCGGCAAGGCCUUCCGGCACAGCUCCUCGCUGGUGCGGCACCAGCGCAUCCACACCGCCGAGAAGUCGUUCCGCUGCAGCGAGUGCGGCAAGGCCUUCAGCCACGGCUCCAACCUCAGCCAGCACCGCAAGAUCCACGCCGGCGGGCGGCCCUACGCGUGCGCCCAGUGUGGCCGCCGUUUCUGCCGCAACUCGCACCUGAUCCAGCACGAGCGCACGCACACGGGCGAGAAGCCGUACACCUGCGCCCUGUGCGGCGCCGCCUUCAGCCAGGGCUCCUCGCUCUUCAAGCACCAGCGCGUGCACACGGGCGAGAAGCCCUUCGCCUGCACGCAGUGUGGCCGCGCCUUCAGCCACAGCUCCAACCUCACGCAGCACCAGCUGCUGCACACCGGGGAGCGGCCCUUCCGCUGCGGGGACUGCGGCAAGGCUUUCGCCAAGGGCGCCGUGUUGCUCAGCCACCGACGCAUCCACACGGGUGAGAAGCCCUUCGUGUGCGCACACUGCGGCCGCGCCUUCCGCGAGCGCCCGGCCCUCUUCCACCACCAGAGGAUCCACACGGGGGAGAAGCCCGUGCGGCGGCCCCGCCGUGGGCCGGGCCUGUGCCCCCAGGCCAGGCCUUCUUCAGGGGCAGCAGCACAGGGCGCGCUGGGCAGAGCAGCUGCGCCCACUCCCGCCUCAGGUCCACUGGCCGUUUCGAAGCCUGCUGACGCCUGAGUUCACAGCUCCAACCUUCCCCGGCCUGUGGCAAACUGCCCUCGUUCCCUGCACGCCCACAUUUUGGAGAGGCCCCGUGGGCGCCCUGUGCUUCCAUGUGCACGUGGUGACGGCGUUUGCCAUUUCAGCACCAGCUCGCUCCGACCCCAGGAGCUCUGCCUCCAGAAAGAUCAGGGGAUGCACGUGGAGGCUGCGACUUUGGUGGGCGGGGACUGGGCAGUCAGGCCGUGCUUCCUGCCUCUUGGACGUUGGGCACCGGGUGAGGAGGGGAGCGCUGCAGUGUUGGCCGGCAGUCCUAGAAAUGCCUCACGUCCACGUGCAGACUGGCCAACAAGCUGACCCUCAGGACGUUUCUUCCAGAACUCGGUUCCUCGGAGGCUUCUGGGAGCAGGCCCAGGGGAUAGUAAGUCACAUGGGGGUGGUGUCGGCCGUGGGCUCUGAGUCUCCAUUGCCACCUCUGGGGAGAAGAAAGGAAGAGAGAGCGAGAGAGGUUCAGGCUACGGAGGGUUUUUGCAGCACUUUGACAGGCAGGAUCUCAAUAAGGGCCAGCACGUGCCAACUGCCAGCUCUGUGAGAUGGCCACUAUGGCUCGUAGCCCCACUUCUCAGUUGAGGAAACUGAGGCAGAGAGUGGGACUGUUGCCGUUGCACACACCAGAGCCCAGGACUGAAUCCGGGUCACAGGCCCAGCUCUUCCCUCCGCCCCCAGGCUCUGGCACUCGUGUUCUAGUCUGCCAGUGUGAGGCUGGGUGAUGCCAGGCCUGGCUUCCUGCACGUGGCAGUCCCACAGGACGUGGAGGAGGGACAGGUGGGGGGCCCUGGGGUGUGAGGAGGGAGACCAACAUCAAGAAAGGUGGCCUCUCUGUGCUCAUUCAGAUUUCAUCCGAGUCUCAGCAUUGGCCGUGUGCU